AUGUUACGGCUCCGGACCCUCUCAAAGACCCCCCCACCUCAGCUUGCAUCCCACUACAUCCUCAAACGACCAAGGUACGUCCACCGAGGCUCUGGUCGGAACUUUCAGUACACUCUACACAACAACACCAAUACAAACAUCCGCUCCUUCUGGUCCACUUGGCCCCGCCCCCCUCCUCGCACUGCCCGUCCACUCAAUCCUGUCAAUCACAGUGUACUAUCCCCUCUGUUCAAAGCAACCCUCUAUACUCCACUCACCUGUCUGAAAUUCUGUCUGUUGAACACCAGAUCCCUCUGUAAUAAAGCUCUGUUGAUCGCUGACUUCAUUGUUGACCGCAAACUAGACAUUCUCUGCCUCACUGAAACCUGGCAACAACCAAAUGACUUCUCCCAUCUCAAUGAGGCUGUCCCACCGGGUUUUUCUUUUAUUAGUAAACCCCGUGCUACUGGGAGGGGGGGUGGCCUUGCUCUCCUGCACCGGGAUCACAUCAAAGCCACUGCUGUCACAGUCCCCCAUCACUCCUCUUUUGAAUGUCUAGCUGUAAAACUCACAGGCCCUAAACCCACUAUCAUUGUCACCAUCUACAGACCACCAAAACCCUCUGCUGUUUUCCUCAAUGAAUUCUCAUCACUACUAACAUCUGUAUGUGCAAUGUCCCCCACUGUUAUCCUCCUCGGCGAUUUCAACAUCCACAUUGACAACCCAUCCAAUAUCUUUGCUAAGGACUUCACAUCACUUCUGGACUGUCUUGGUAUCACACAACAUGUCAACCUCCCAACCCAUAACAAAGGCCACAUACUGGAUUUAAUCUGCUGUACUGACAUCACUCCCACCAACCUUGAUGUCACUGAUUUCCCCAUUUCUGACCACAAAGCUGUACUUUUUGACAUUCGCACCCAAUUACACAAAGCCAAGGAACAACGGACCAUCUCCUUCAGAAACAUCAAACACAUCGUCACCACCGAUCUCUCCACCCUGAUCAGCUCCUACCCCAGCCCUCCCCCAGCAUCCUCCCUGACUGACCUGGUGACUCACUACAACAACUGCCUCUCCUCUUCCCUCACCGCCCUGGCUCCUUUGAAAACCCGCUCAGUCUCAUUCACGCACACUGCUCCCUGGUUCACCCCUGAGCUCCGCCAGCUCAAAGCCACUGGCCGUCGACUGGAGCGACUUUACAAAAAAAACUGGACUCACUGUAACAAUAGAGUCCUAUUUUCAACAGUCAGCCACUUACUUCAGCCUCCUAAAACCCUCCCUCCAGAAAUCUCUACCGACCAGUGCACUGCCUUCUUGGACUUCUUCACCUCUAAAAUCAACACCAUUCACCAACAACUGGCCUCAUCUUGCACCCCCUCAAACGACCCACCCUGGAUGACCACCACCGGCCAACCUCACAUCAGCCCCCUCUCUGACUUCACCCCAGUAUCAGAGCACACCAUCGUGGAACUCAUCCACAAAGCCAAAACCACCACCUGCCAGCUCGAUCCUCUUCCCACCUCCCUUGUCAAAGCAUGUCUGCCGUCCAUUUCCCCAAUGAUCACCAACAUAAUUAAUUCCUCCCUCACUACUGGUACUGUACCCCCCAUUCUCAAACUGGCUGCCAUCACACCCAUCCUGAAAAAACCCGGUGCUGACCCAGCUGACCUUAACCACUAUCGACCCAUCUCCAACCUCCCCUUCAUCUCUAAAACACUUGAAAGGGUGGUCGCCGCACAACUACAGUCCCACCUCGAUACAAACAAUCUUCAUGAACCCUUCCAAUCCGGCUUCCGUCCAAAACACAGCACUGAAACAGCCCUAGUCAAAAUCACCAACGACCUCCUCCGUGCAGCCGACUCUGGAUUACUCACCAUUCUCAUUCUCCUCGACCUCAGUGCAGCAUUUGACACCAUCUCCCACCCCCUGCUCCUGGACCGCCUGGCUGGCAUUGGGAUCACUGGUGCUGCACUCUCCUGGUUCACAUCAUACCUCACUGACCGUCAACAAUUUGUGCAAUUAAGGAACCACAAGUCUGGGUGUCUGGGUGUCUCACUGGGUGUCCCCCAGGGGUCAGUCUUGGGUCCACUUCUCUUCACCAUUUACCUCCUCCCCCUGGGCACAAUCCUCCGUCACCAUGGGGUCCAUUUUCACUGCUAUGCCGACGACACACAGGUCUACAUCUCCUCCAAACCCACCGCUGCCAUCCCUCCCACCUCACUCACCACCUGCCUUGAAGACAUCCGGAGCUGGAUGAGCAGGAACUUCCUCAAACUUAACGGCAAUAAAACCGAGGCCCUGCUCAUCGGCUCCAAAUCCACCCUCACCAAAUCACAACGUACCCCAGCUCCACCCAUCAUCGUCGACGGAUUCCCUGUACCCUUCUCCUCCCAAGUUAAGAGCCUCGGCGUCAUUCUGGACAACACCCUCUCAUUUGCACCCCAUAUUCAAAACAUCACCCGGACUGCAUUCUUCCACCUCCGCAACAUCUCCAGACUCCGCCCAUCACUGACCCAAUCCAGCACUGAAAUCCUGGUCCACUCAUUUGUCACAUCACGCAUCGACUACUGCAAUGCCCUCCUCACUGGACUCCCCACCAAACUCAUCAACAGACUGCAAAUAAUUCAGAACUCGGCCGCCCGGAUCAUUACCCGUACCAAAUCAGCUGACCACAUCACCCCUGUUCUCAUUCAACUCCACUGGCUCCCCGUACAAUACCGCAUCCAAUACAAGAACCUCCUCCUCACCUACAAAGCUCUCCACAACCUAGCCCCCACUUACCUCUGCGACCUCCUUCAAGAAUACACUCCCUCCCGCUCCCUCCGCUCAUCCUCUGCUGGACUACUAAUCACCCCCACAUCACGCCUCAGUACCAUGGGUGCCCGAUCCUUCAGCUGCUCAGCACCCAGACUCUGGAACUCCCUCCCCCCACACAUAAGACAGUCUGACACCAUUACAACCUUCAAGUCACAACUCAAAACUCACCUGUUCAAACUGGCAUACACUCUAUAACUGGACACUAAUUCACUUGCUUUUAUCGUAUUGUCUUGUUUUUACCAUGUCGUGAUGUUUUUACCAUGUUGUCUUGUUUUUAAAGAUGUUUAUGAUUUUAGACUUUGUAAGGUGACCUUGGGUGACAUGAAAGGCGCCU